AUGCGGGCUCGACCGAGGAGAAGACGACGGGAGGAGACGGAAGUGCCGGCCACCACGGAGGAGACGACAGACGUGACCGAAGUGACCACGGAGACGAUCGAAGUGACCGACGUCAAGCCUGAGGAGACGACGGAAUUGCAGCAACAACGACGCCUCUCUUUCCCUUGCAGCGUGCCAUGGCACUAUAUUUCGGCUGGAAUCCGAGCAGAGACCACACUCUACGAGGAUGAGGUUGGGACGGUGGAGUCCACGUGCGCCUUAGCCAUUAGCUUUGCAGUGUCAUUCUCCAGCUUGAGCCCAGAGCUCCAGCACCACACCCCGUCCAGAGCAGCGGCACACAAGAUCGACCACCAACGCAGCUCCAAGAAAUGCACAACUCGACAUGAAGAAGUGCGUGGUUGGGUCGCGCUCGUAGUCAAAGUAAUGGCACAUUGGGAGUCGCCAUCAUCUCCGUCUGCUUCGUACUUUCCAUUGGCCAUUCACGCCACAGCCUGGAUCCUGCAGCUCAUUGGCCACGGCGUAUUCGAGCGUCGCAAACCGGCACUCUUCGACAGCCUGGACCAGGCUCUGAUCACCGCUCCGAUGUUCGUGUUGCUCGAGAUUUUGUUCCCACUCGUUACCGUCCGGAACUCUACUCGCGCGUGA